UUGUCGCUUAUGAGCGAAGAAGCUAUCCAACAAUUAAUGAAUUCUGUUGUUGAUGAUGAUGAUUCAGAAGAUGAUAAAAGCGUGAAUGAAGAAGACUUUGACAGCGAUGAUAGCGCUCAAGAAGUUAACAUGCAAUUAGCAAAUGAAGAUUUUGAAGAAAUCGAUCAUUAUAUUGAGCAUUUAUGUAAUGCAAGUGCAAUAGAUCUUUUGUCAUCGGCAAUUAAUAUAAGUGUAGAUGAACCCAAUGAGUCUACCCCACCUUGUUCCGAGCAACCAAGUACCAGCAGUAACGCAAUGAAUAUAACAACAAAACAGCCACCAAGGAGGAAAGAGCCCGAUCACCGUUACCACAAAUUGAAGAAGGUGAAGUUUCUAUUCCAUCUAACUCUGGUGGAUUUUUUAGUUCUGUGAAGAAUUGUACACCACAAUCUUCACAGUUCAAAAAUAUAGUUUGAAAAAAAAAACUUGCAGCUACAUCGGAAAGAAAUUGUAUUCAAUGGUGAACAGAAAUUACCACAAGCAUUUAAUGAAUUGAAUACUCCUUUUAAAUGCUUUACAUAUUUUUUUACAAAUAAAUUGCUGGACGAUAUUGUGAAACAAAUCUGUACUCUAAUCAGCAAAACAUAAACUCUGAUUUCAAUUUGACCAGACAAGAUUUGAAAAUUUACAUUGGUAUAAUAUUAUAUAUGUCUGUGUUUCGCUGUCCAAAUAUUGAAAGUUAUUGGUCGAAACACUCACUUGAAUGUGUUAGAGUUGCGAUGCCAUCAAAACGAUUUUAUGAAAUCAAGAAAUACCUGCACUUCAAUGACAGUUCGUAUAUGAAGAAAAAGGSUGAGGAAGGGUACGAUCAGCUCUACAAAGUUCGUCCACUCAUAGAUACAUUAAAUGAACGCUUUAAUUCUGUACCCAAAUCACCAAGGCUAUGUAUUGACGAGCAAAUGCCAGAUAAACCUCACAAACAUGGUGUUAAGCCUUUUGUGUUAUGUGACUCGUAUGUGUUUUCGUAUAUUUUUGAACUCUACAGAGGUGCUGGUGAUAAUGAUGUUGUAGCAGAUGCACCUGACUUGGGAGCAUACUUGAUAAUUUCUAUACGUCAUUGGCAUUGCUUGUUUAUUUCCGAAGCAGAGGAAUUUAUGCACUUGGUACGGUUCGUGCCAAUAGACUUCCAAAUUGUAAGCUCUCAAAGGACAUCGAUGUAAAAAAUA